AUGGGCAAGGAUAAAGGCGAGACCCAGGCAGUAAGAGAACAAUCUGGCUUCACCAGCAAAAAGCCCAACGCAGAUCGCUACGCAGAACGCCUUGGCAGCGAGGUGGGGUUGGGAGAAGACGCUCAGAGGAGGUGCGAGAGCCCCGCCGAGAUGCGGGGGCCGGAACUCCAGCAGCUUAGCAAGCAAUACAGCAAUAUCAAGCUCCUCCAACUGGAUGUGGUCUGUGAAAACAGCAUCAAGAAAGUAGUCAAGGAAGUGGAAGAAAUUGUGGGAGACAAAGGUCUGAACUGCCUCAUUAACAAUGCUGGCAUCAAUGUGCUUGCUUCCUUGGAAGAAGUCACAGCAGAGACAAUGCUCACCAUUUAUGAAACCAAUACAGUCGCCCAGCUGAUGGUCACCAAGGCUUUUCUCCCCCUUCUGAGGAAGGCAGCCCAGCUGAGCACAGGAAUGGGCUGCCACAGAGCUGCUAUUAUCAAUAUGUCCUCUCUUGCUGCCUCCAUGCAACUCGUCCAGGCAAAUGAGAUGUUCCUCAAGGUCUACCCCUACAGGAUAGCAAAGACGGCACUGAACAUGAUCACCAGGUGUCUUGCUGCAGACUUGAAAUCGGAUGGAAUUCUCUGUAUUUCUCUGCAUCCAGGCUGGCUUCAGACCGACAUGGGCGGAACCAUGGCUCCCAUGCAGGUGCAAGAGGCUAUCCCAGGUAUUCUCUCCGUCCUGGACCGUCUUGGUGAAAAAGAAAAUGGUUCCUUCCUGGACUGGCAAGGGGAAACUCUACCAUGGUAGAAGUGCACAGUAUGCUACAGAAACAGCACGUCAGUCUCUAUUUAACUUGUGCCACUAAUGUCUGUGUCUCUAGGGUUUUCUUA